GCUAAUUCUACAUCAGCCAAUCGCCACACAGCCAACUAGAGACAUCAGGUGGGCGGGUGUUUACACACAAACCCUGCGCAUAGCAGCAGCACACGCACACAAACUCUCAGAGAUGGCGAACCCGGAGUCAAAGAGGGAGACGGCGAUUUCGAGGUGGAAAUACAGGCGCUACUUUAACCUCGUCGAGGUAAAAGAUAAAAAUGUACAUGUUCAGGGGACAUUAUGUCCCAAAGCAAAGAGUUUGUCCACGUCCGGUGUAAACAAUUCAAAUUUAAUGAAGCGCCCCUCGACGUCACAGGCUGCUAUUAAACUAGUGGCUAAACACACCAUUGAUUUACUGAAUUAAUAAAUGUUUGAGGUAGAACAUAGACGGGUACAAAAACUGUUAAGCUCACAUUGUUAAACUGUUUACUUUAUUCUUGAAGUACAGUAUGUCCACCAGUUGUCUGAAGUUGUAAAAGUUUCAUUCAUUUAAUUCACACCACAGCGAGUUAGAAACAUGGUUAAAAUGUUUACUUUCAUGAAGAAGAAAAUACUUGAAGCAUAGCUGUACCAGUUGUGUUCUGUUGAGGUGCAAUAAAUGAAAACCUGUUCAGGUACCUGUCUUUGCUGUUCUACUCUACGCACCUGGCUUGUGAAACCCACUGAAAAAAAAUCCAAAUUAUUUGACAUUUUUAAACUUAAAAUGACAACGAAAAUGUAACGCAAUAGUUACAUUCCCUGGUAACUAGUUACUUUUAUAGUGGAGUAACUCAAUUACUAACUCUAACUCUUACUUUUUGGGAGAAGUAACUAGUAACCAUAACUAAUUACUUUUUCAAAGUAACGUGCCCAACACUGAACAUAUAUGUAUAUACGUGUGUACAUAUAUGUGUAUAGAUGUGUAUACUGUAAGUGUGUAUAUAUGUAUCUAUAUAUGUGUAUAUAUGUAUAUAUAUAAAAUUGAUAAAUUAUUACAUGUCUUUAUAUUCGGAUUUUCCCUAACAGUGUCACAUGACUUUUUUUUUUUUUUUUUUUUUAGUUUGGAUGUGUUGUGCACAGUGUUGAGGAGACUUUAGUGUGUUUUCAGGAGAAAGGGAGAGUCUGGUGAUACUCACUGACACUCAUGCUGCUCCGUGCGCACUCACACACACACAUACUACAGUAUAUACAAGCAGUCCUGGUGAUUUUCAAAAUGACACAGUUUAAGAGAAGUGCUGUUUUAAGGCUAGAGACCGGACUUUUACUCCGUGGCCAAGAUUUCAAAAUUAGCCCGGUUCUGCCUGAGCGUCCGUCCCAACUAUUUAUCUUCAAAGUAGCACAGCCUUCGUAAACUUGGAUCCAGAACCAGAGUGUCAUUUCUCACACAUUAACAAGCCCUCCCUCCCUGGAUGAUUUUACACAUGUCACCGUUACCGCCCACCAAGUCUAAUAUAAAUAAACCACUGCAGUCAUUUAGAAAAAAAAAAAAGGAAAGAAAACUCGGCGCAGAUCCCACAGUCCGGCAUUAAGCAGCACCAGUGCCCGACAAGGUCGUACCACUCGUGGUCUGAAUCCGAAAAGAGGCUCAGGAGCUGUGGUUAUGGAGCUUGGCAGCUAAGGCCAUGACCGCCUAACCUUUGACCCCUCCUUUCUGAAAGUGGAGUAUCCUGAUUGGCCGGGUCAUCUGAAGAAAAUGCAGAUUCUGGCGUCUGGACUGGGAGAUGGUGAAUGCCUGGUUUGCUGAGCGUGUCCACACCAUCCAGCCAUCUGUCCCCAAGGACAAUCCUCCUCAGCAGCGCACCUACCUGUCCUCCACAGACCUCCUUCCGACACCCAUCUCAAACACCCUGCCGCCUACUCUCACCAUCUUGGACAACCGCUGUCCUUCACCAGCCACAGUCCCCAGCCCUGUCCCGGGGACACCUACACGCAAAAUCUCUGCGUCCGAAUUUGACCGCCCACUCAGACCCAUAGUGGUUAAAGACUCCGAGGGAUCACUGACGUUUCUGAGCGACACAGACCGAGAGACUGUCCCCCUGCGUGGCACAGCGAUGGGUGAGGGCGUUGCGGGUAGUGGCAACGGCGGUGGAUGUGGGGGAGACGGUGGCAGCGGGGGCGAUCGCUGCGCCAGGCUUUUGGAGCUGGUGAAGGACGUUUCGAGUCACCUGGAUGUGACAGCACUUUGCCACAAGAUCUUUCUCCACAUCAACGAGCUGAUUGCUGCCGACCGCUACUCGCUGUUUCUGGUGGGCGAGGACAGCUCCAACAAAAAGUUCCUGGUGAGUCGGCUGUUUGACGUGGCUGAGGGCUCCACGCUUGAGGAAUCGUCCAGUAACUGCAUCCGCCUCGAGUGGAACAAGGGCAUCGUGGGACACGUGGCUGCGACGGGCCAGCCGCUCAAUAUCAAGAAUGCAUACGAGGAUCCCAGGUUCAAUGCUGAAGUGGAUCUGAUCACCGGCUACAAAACCGAGAGUAUCCUCUGUCUCCCCAUCAAGAACCACAGGGAUGAGGUGGUCGGUGUGGCCCAGGCUAUCAAUAAAAAAUGCGGGGAGGACGGGGCUUUUACAGAACAGGAUGAAAAGGACUUCUCAGCCUAUUUGGCCUUUUCAGGCAUCGUUCUACACAACGCUCAGCUAUAUGAGACGUCGCAGCUGGAAAACCGACGCAAUCAGGUUCUGUUGGACCUGGCCAGUCUAAUCUUCGAGGAGCAGCAGUGUCUGGAGGUCUUACUGAGGAAGAUCGCAGGAACCAUUCUGUCCUUCAUGCAAGCCCAUGCUUGUACUGUGUUCAUUGCUAACGAGGACUCAAUGGUAAGUCGGCAAACAGACACGGCAGUAAACAACAGCAACAACAAAAACCAUAUCAGUACUGUGUUUUACAGUCUGUGGUCUCUGUCUAUCGCCUUAGUUCAAACAGAAGUAGCUCCAACAAAAUGUGAGUUUAUGAGUUUUAACUUUACUGCAGAAGUGAUAACCGCUGAACAUUUCUCCAGGUCAGUUCUAUUUUAGGUAUGCGCCUGAAACACGCUGUUCUUUUUACAGAGUCAAUGAUUGUCACUUAAGCAAACAAGGAGAGGUUAUGACCUGCGUUAACAACAUGGACAGUGGCAAAUAUGACAGUCUCUCAUUAUCAUUAUAGGGGAAUUUCUUUGAGUGGUUCUCAAGGUGGGGGGGCAGGCCCCGCUUGAGUGCCGCUGAGAAAUAUCAGGGGGUGAAAUUCAUUUCAAUUUUUAUUUUUGUGUCACAGUGGGACAUUUUCACUCCUUAGCACCUUUGCCUUUCUACUGAAGUUGAUAUUUACAGGGUUGUUCUCUUGGUUUUUGUUGAAGUGGCAGAACAUUUGUUUAGAUGUUGUGGUGAGCCAUGACCCCUUGAUGCUAGCAAAAUGUAAGAAUUUCAAGGUACGUUGGAAGGUAUUGAUUCCCGUCAAAACUGAAGCGGCGCCUCUGAAGUACUUCAGAAAAUGGCCUGAGGACACCACUGAAGUGUCUUACUUUAUCAUGCGUGAAGCAUAGUGUUCUCUAAUAAAUAUAAUAAAAUCCUGGUUGGACCACUGCCACUGAUAACUAAUGGUUCUGUAGUGCAGCGGUUAGCACGCCUGCCUCUCAAGCAGAGAGCAAGGAGUCUUGGUUUUGAUUCCCAGAGGAACCACAUAUCCCUAAUAGUGCCUCUUGUGCGGCAGCCUGCGAGUUGCAACCUUGUACUUAAUGGUGCCUCCUGUGGUCACCUGUGUCAGUUGCGCUCACAUUGUAAAUUUCCCCCAGUACGGAACUCCUUAUUAUUGCUGUAUUUUCUAGUCGAGUCUAUUUUCUGGACUAGACAAGUCACACUUUUUUUCACCCUUUGGCUGGGUUUCCGACUUAUACACAAGUGCGACUUAUAUAUUAAAAUAUACAAUUUCAUAUGUUUGUUAUUUUCACACUGGCAGCCGCUAGAGGGCACUCUAGGCUUGUGUACCA